CUGAAUUUCAUUCGCAUCUACGUAUCUCGCUUGCUAUUUAAAGAGACCUGUACGUCUUUUUAACAUACGUACUGAACAGACCAUUCAUAACGUAGGCACGGGCGGAGGCCUGAGAAGGGUUUCGGAGGAUGAGAAGAGGCCGCAUCGGCAUCCGCAUGUCUCACCUGAGAUUUCGCCCUUUUGGAGUAAUUCCAGUCAAGCUCUUUUCGCCACAGGCCACAGGCCACAGGCGGCCACAAGCCACAGGGCUACCAGGAAGAGGUGAGCCGGCCGCAUCCACCAGCCCCCCGGUGCAGUCACUUUCUCCUCUGGGAUACCAGGGUGCGGGGGUGCAGCAGUGGACGAGUGGACGAGCGGCAGCCUCUCAAUUGCCCUAUCAUUACGUAAUAGCCAUUCGAUGUCGCUCACGCGUCGCCAGAUGAUGAUGACUCCUCUGUUCAGUUGUUGCUCUCUCUCCAAAAGCACACGAUGCAAGUCGACCCCACGCCCUCCAGCGCGGCCUCCCCCGCCCAGUACCUCGACGCCCAGAUCGCAAAGUCCAAGCCAGAGCUCAAGCCCUGGUGGACAAAGAUCAAGGACCAGUAUGAGCGCAAACUGUGGCAUAAUCUCACAGUCACCCUCACCCAAUUCGUCUUCUUGCCGGGCACCGGCGAGUAUCAGAUUGAGCUCUUCGACAACUUCAUCACCACCAUCGAAAGCAAGAUCAAUGCUCUCAAGCUGAUCGAGAUCUCUCGCCGAGUCGGCCGUGAAUACUCUGAACCCGACCGCACCCUCGCCUUCCUCCAAUCCGUCCACUCCCGCCUCACUUCCCCAUACCCCAUUCCCGCCACAGAAGAUACCCCCGAAUCCCCCGCUCCCCCCGCCCCGGCCGCUUCAGCCUACGCCCUCUCCCUCUCCUCCAUCGCCUACGCCCAGCUGCUCCUCGGCGACCUCCCCGCCUGUAAAGCGUCUUUGGACGAGUGUGAAAAGCUCUUGGGCGAGCAGGAUAGUGUGGAGCCGGCGGUCAAUGCGGGGUACUAUGGUGUGGCGGGUGAUUACUACAAGGUGAAGGCGGAUUAUGCGCCUUAUUACAAGAAUGCUUUGCUGUAUCUUGCUUGCGUGGAUGUCGAGAAGGAGUUGAGCGAAGAGGACAGAAAGUCGAGGGCCCAUGAUCUCUGUGUGGCUGCACUGUUGGGCGAAACCAUCUACAACUUUGGUGAACUGUUGCAACACCCCAUCCUCCACUCCCUCACCAACACUGAAUUCGAUUGGAUCAAAUCUCUCAUUUCCGCAUUCAACGCCGGCGAGAUCGGUAAAUUCGAAUCUCUCGCCACCUACCUCCCCAACGAGCCCAUCCUCGAAUCCUCCAUGUCCUUCCUGAGGCAAAAGAUCUGUCUCAUGGCGUUGAUCCAGACUGUAUUCGAAAGGCCGAGGGAUGGUAGUAAGCGGGAGAUGAGUUUCCAGAGUAUUGGGGAGGCGACGAGGCUGCCGGUGCAUGAGGUGGAACACUUGUUGAUGAAGGCCUUGUCACUCAACCUUAUCCGAGGCUCUUUAGACCAGGUCGACGGUACCGCCGACAUCACCUGGGUCCAGCCCCGUGUCCUGGAAGGCAAGCAGCUCGACAUCCUCGGGGAACAGUUUAGAGUUUGGUCGGAGAGUGUGGGUAAGACUACGAAGAGGGUGGAGGAGCAGGCCAAGGCGGCCAAGACUGCUGUGGCAGUGCAGUAGAUUGCAUUUUUGGAUACAAGAGAUGUAAAGUAUGAACAUUGACUCGUGGCAAUGCAAAUCAUCUGCCU